AUGGCCACCACAGUGUGUCCCGCCAAUGCAGUGCCUGAUCGCAGGCCAGUCUUCUUCUUCGAUAUAGACAACUGUGUAUGUAUAUCCGACUAUGAUUCAAUAGUUGAUUUACUAGAUUGGGGUUUUAUCAGUAGCAAGACAGAUUUGCUAAUCUUCGGUGUACGCAGCUCUAUUCUCGAGGUCAGAACUCCCGCCGACUCGAGCGACUCAACGACGACUGACAAGACCUGCGCAGAUUGCAACAUUCACGAUGAGAUGCAGAAAUUGAUCAACCAGUUCUUCGUCAAGCACCUCUCCCUCAGCUCCGAAAACGCCCACAUGCUGCACCAGAAAUACUACAAAGAAUACGGUCUCGCUCUCGAGGGUCUCACCCGCCAUCACACAAUCAAUCCUCUGCGAUUCAACUGCGAAGUCGACGAUGCCCUUCCCCUAGACAAGAUCCUGAAGCCCGCUCCUGAGUUGCGCAAGUUCCUCGAGGACAUCGACACCUCCAAGGUGAAGCCCUGGCUGCUCACGAACGCUUACAUCACCCACGCCAGGCGCGUGGUGAAGCUCUUGGGGGUGGAUGAUUUGUUCGAGGGUAUCACGUACUGCGACUAUGCGCACCCCCCGCUCGUCUGCAAACCAUCCCAGGAUAUGUACGAGAAGGCAGAGAUUGAGGCGCAAGCGCUGAGUACAGAGGAGUGCUAUUUUGUUGAUGACUCGUAUUUGAAUUGCAAGCAUGCCGCGGAACGUGGCUGGACCACUGUCCACCUCGUGGAGCCCAUGCUUCCUGUUCCUCCCGUUCCGGCCUCACAAUACAUGAUUCGGAGUCUUGAAGAAUUGCGGAAAUUGUUUCCCCAGCUGUUCAAGAGUACUGCUGCUAAAUAG